ACAGUUGGCAGCAGUGUCGUCUCGUGGGGCACGGCUCGGCAAGCAUCGGUCGUUCAGUCAAGAAACUCGACUGCACCGAAUCACUACUAAGCUAGGUUAAAAUCAUAAGAGCCAGGAGCGCGCUGCUUUUUCUUAGCUGUGCUUACUUGAUAGUGACUUUUCUGCUAAAUCUGUGCCGCGAUUUCUUUCAAGUGAGAGAAUUCGAGUGCCGUAAUUAUUCGUGACGGAUCGUUGGUGUUCCUGAGUUCUCGCAGAUUAAAGGACGAAACAGGCGGGACAGAGACGGCGAGAAUUCAUUGGUUUCUUUUUUUCGAUUCCAUAAUUCGAACGCAUGGUGCUCCUGGACUCUUUUUUCGGACUUUUAUUACAAUCCACUGCCAAAAUAAGGGCAGCCUGGUGACAGUGAUGAGUGUUUUUUUGCUUGUGUUCGUCGAAGCCGUUGUCGAGGCUUACGUGACUGUGACCGUGACUGCUGUGCCGCCGCCACCGCGAUGUGCUUCGCAAGUUCGGCCACCAAGAAGAUGCUGAAGACGUGGCACGCGGAUUCGUUUAAAUGGUGGCUCUAAGGGGUUACAUUGGAAAGCAUGAGGGAAAGAACGCCCUCUGCCGACGAUACCCCGAAGAGGGCUCCACCAGCUCCACCCAGAGAAGCGGCCUCGGCGGACGUAGCUGGUAGCAAAACGAACAGCGAGACGGCAGAAGUUUUCGCCGUGGCGAAGUUCCCCUCGUCCGCUGCAUCGUCGUCCACCACGUCGUCUUUGUCGAGCGUGGACGCCAGGAUGGUCGCCUCUGCCCACAAUCUCGACGAUCUGACCGCUGGCCAUCCGGCGAACGUGAACGGCGACCGCCAGCAACAGCAGCAGGAGAAACACGGCCACAUUUACAGAAGCGCCCAGCAGACGGCCCAGGACAAGAGGAGCAGGCUGAGCAACGUGAUCAACAAUCUAAGAAAAAAGGUGCCCGACCCCAGGAACGGGGAAUCGGCGAGGAAGGAGACGGAGGACGAUAGGAACAGCGUGGAGAGAAAUCUGGAGACCCUGGAAAAGUACGUGAUGACGGUGUUGAACGGUGUAAUCAAGGACGAGGAGAAGGACAGAGAGGUAAGUAAGAAGAAGGAGGCCGAGAAGAAGAAGGAGGGUGGCGGCAAGUUGAGCGAGGAUCAGGAAGACGAGGACCCGAAGGGUUUGGCCGCCAAGUUCGAGCCCUCGAAGCCUAACGAGAGCAGGACAGAGGCUGCUGUUUUCCUGUCCUCUGAACAACCUGACAAGCUUGACCCGACCAAGGAGUUCACUUUGGAACAUCAUAAAAUUGAUGCGAGGGGCGAGAACUCCUCGAGGAGCGAAGAGAACACGUCUGUUCGCGCUGCGCGCAAGGGCAGCCAGGAGAGAGGCCUGCCCGACGAUAUCGGCAAGGAGAAAGAGAGCUGUAAAAUCAAGAGAGGGGAAGAGGAGGACAAUGGUUGCAUCGGCAACAACAACAAGUGUCCCUCCAAGGAAACGAAGUGCGAGGAACAGUCUGCCCAAGAGACGGGGAGGAAUAAUGAUAAUCAGGAAGAGGAGAAGAGGGAAAAUCGUUCCCUGGGAACGAUCAUCAUGGAGAGAUUGAGCGAGAGUAUGUCGUCGGAUGGAAACGUCGUGGAGGGGAACGUGGACGACGCGAAAGAGGAGCGCGAGGAAUUGGCCUCCGACAACGUCGAGUUGAGAAACGUUUGCAGAGAUUUGUUGAACGAUCUGUUGAACGAUAUCAAUCAAUUGAUCGACGAGAACAGGCAGAACAAAGAGGAAACGAGGGCACCGCAAUUGGACAGCGAAGAAUCGAAGGAUUCUUCCAGGACUGUUCAAGAUUUCGCUAUGACGAGUCUUCAUUGCAGUCUGCCCCUGGAUAAAGUGGCCUCGGUGUUGCAGAAUUGUCAGACGAGCGAAUUGACCGCUCCUCAAUCGCCUUCUUCCUCUUCCUCUUCUUCUUCUUCUUCUUCCUCUUCCUCUCAGGGCUCCAAGUCUCCCAGCAAACCAUCCUCUCCCACCGUCAGGCAUCUCUGCCUGUACUGCGAUCGAAAGUUCAUGUCGAUAUCCCUGAGGCAACGGCACACCGAGAGAGUUCAUCAGCAAGGGGGUGGCAGAAGGUCGGAAAGGAACUCGAGGAAACCGUCGCAGAACUGCCAGUAUUGCUCUGAUAAAUGCGCGGAAAGCUUGGAAGGUCUGUUCCAGCAUAUGAUUGGCAGCCAUGGAGACAGGUACCAUGCUUGUUUGCAGUGCUCUACCAGGUACCUCACCAGGGAGGCCCUAGCGGUUCAUAUGAACGAGAAUCACGGUGUGAAUCUCACGGAAAGGAAUCUUCAAAUUCAGUCUCUUCUUCCGCAGGAGAAGUUGAAGGAAUCUUCCCCCUGCAAGGAGCUAGGCAACCAAAGUCCCCACGACAGAGCGGAUCCGUCGAACCCCAAAGAGAGAAGAGCCGAGGAAUCAUCUGAUCAUGAACACCGAGCGGAGAACACCAGUUUGCUGAAACCGAUGCACCCGGUGAAAGACAACUUCAGCAAUCCAGGAAGCCCGGAGUUCGACAGCUCGUUUUACAGCAGCGUGAGCUGCAACAUCCGGGAGAAUCUUCUGCAUCAUUUGGACGGCAAACUUCAGAGCUCGUCGUCAACGAUCACGUCCAACAGCGUGUCGAUGACGGAGGUGAAACCUCCACAACAGCAACAAUCGCAGCAGCAACAACAACAACAACAACAACAGUCCUAUUACGAGCACAACGUUAAUCAGAUACAAUUCCCGAUAGAUAUAUCGUUGACAGCCGCAACGCCGGUUUAUUCUAAGGAAUAUAGUAGCGAGGAGUACGAGAAUAAUAGCGAAUACGCCCAAAAGCCUGGUAAGAGCAAUAGGUCCCAUCCUAGGCGAGUGUCUUUUGAGAAGUACAACUUUCCUAGGAAGUACGAUGGGAAAGAGCAGUGGACCUGCUCGAUAAAAGAUCUCAGCAAGUUCGAUAUAUCCACUCAAUUGUCCCUGAGGAAGAAACAGCAACUACUCAAGGAGCGUAUAAGUCUGAACAGAUUGCAUCAUCAGCUCACCCUUCUCGAGCCAUGCGAGAUCGUCCAGAAUGAACAGAAUCACGGCUCUAAAAGUCUCGACAUAGCCAACGAUUCGGGCUUAGUCGUUGCGAACGAUCCGGAUAUUGAACAGACAUCUCGUUGCGAGGCUCUGAAGUCGCCGAUGGAGAACAAACGCGAAUGUUCUGAUGUGAAGUCGCUUCAGGGUACAGAGUUCACCCUAGAAUUUGGGAAUUUUCUGAGGUUAAGGAAAUGGGACGAGAAGAUGACGAUCGAGGCUGCCAAAAAUCAGGAAGUUGUUUAUGCCGAGUUGACAGGGGAAUGGUCGAGGCCGAGGGUCUACAUCUGCGGCGCUUGCGCUUCCAAACAUGUAACCUUGAAAGAUAUGGAGGACCAUAAAGUGAUGACUCAUCCAAAUGUCUGGUGUUCGCAUUUCGAGUUCUCCGGUGAUCAAAGAGAACUGUAUAAACAUUUGUUUCUACCAGGAAAGGAUAUGCCUACAGCAAAAGCAAGAACGGCUAUUUUACCAGAAAAGGUGUGCACCAAGUGUUCAAAGAACUGUACGACUUUACCAGAGUUGCAUAGGCACAUGUUGGAGUGUGGAGGAGAUCAAGCUUGGUUAUUAGGACUGUUUGGCAAUGGAAAGAAAAAGUGCAAAUGGAGACCGUUUGGAAGUCGUAGUAGAAGACGAAGGCAGCGUGGUAUGAAGAGAAACAUCCAAAAUUCUCAAACUCCAAGAGUGAAUACUCCUAAAGAAAAACAACCCACGGGGCCGAGGGUUAGACCCAGUGAUAGGGAAAGCAUACAAAAGAUGUUGGCCAACUUACCUCCCAAAAGGGCUACUAGAAAAGUAUUGCAAGACAAUACAUUGAAGACACAGGGUAGACUACGUACUGCGCAAACCGGGAGAACGAGGCCGCGAAUGGUCGGCGACAAUUCAACCGCCUCCCGCAUGUCCCGGAACAAGGCCGUCCUGAGGAACAAGCUGCUGAAGAACGCGAAGUCGAUCCAACGGAAUCGUUGCCGCAUCGACAACAUCUCGGCCGUUAUCGAGAGCGUGGUGAGAAAUUACACGCCCGACGAGAGGAAGUGCGACAAGAUCGGCGAGGUCGGGGAGGAGGCCGAGAAGAGGGAAACCAAAGAGAGGGAGUCGAUGUUCGGGGGUGAUUCGUGUGUUCACAACAAUUUCUCGGACGAGGGAAGGAACGGGAGAGGGAAAGUGGCGAGGGGGCCCAGAGUGUUGGGGAAGAGGAGGAACGUGAGGGCGAAGGAGAUGGUGAAAGGUGGUUUGGAUCAAGGGAAGAGGGGCAACACGUUGAAGGCGAAAACCAGAGGCGCCCCCUCGAGGAAUCUCGCGGAAGCGAAGGGAGAGCCGUGUCCUCUCGGCGAGAGAACCUCCAAAGUCUCUCCCAACAGCGUGGAGAACGAGGCUGAGAUGGCAGCCUCCGAUGCAGGAGAAGUUGAUCCGGCCGAGUCGAAAUCUCCUAGCCCGUCGAUCAAGGGGAAACCCUCGGUUCAGACGACGCCUAAAAGGAAACGGCCGGUCGACCCCGUUGCCUCGUUGAACGCCUCUAUCAAAGCCAAGUCCCAGCUGAGGACCCAGGACGGGAAAUUCGCCAGGAAUCCCAACAAGGAAUUCUUGUCGCCCCUCCACAAGUCCCCCGUGGAGAUGAGGUGCCCCGUCUCCGGCCGGCUGAUGACGAAGGUGAGAAACAGCGAGAUGGAAACGUCUGUCACGAGAUCGAAGUUGAGGGAGAUUACGUUCAAGGGUAACAAGGAUAAUAACGAACAGCAACAAGUUUUGGCGGUGCCAAAAAGGAUCACCAGGCUGUCAUCCGACAGCGAUAAGAUGCCCACGUUGGAGCCAGCCGUCCAGGCGACCUCCAACGAGGAGUUCUUGGAAACGUCCACCAACGAUCUCCCGAUCCUUUCUCCGGCCACCCCUGCCACGUCCAGCCAGGAGAAAACGAUCGUUCGUGGUAGAGGUGUGGUUGGGCCCAAGAGUUUGAGCUCGGAGGAAGGUCAGAGAUUGGAGGAGGGAAGAGGGUGUGAGGCGGGGGAUGGCGGUGUUUGUAGCCAAGAGUUGGAGAGGGAUCAAAAAUCGGUGAAAGGUAGGAAGGCGAAAAAUUUGGAUAAAAAUUUGGAGGGUGGAGGGGGCGAUGUUUCGAAGGAGGAGGGGAGAGGGGUUGUUAAGGAGAAGUUGAAGAGGAAAAGCGCUCCCGCAAGGAUUCUGAGCGUCGAGGAGAGGAGAGGUGAGAAGAAGAGCGGGGAAGAGGCGAGGAGGGAAGCGAAACAGAGGAGGGAAGAGGGGAAACUGGAAACGAGAAGCAAGACGAAAUUGGAUAAAGUGUUCGUCGAUGACAGUCCAAUAAAGAUUCAGAACGUUCCCUUCGAGGUGAAGAAGCUGAUAGGGUCGGACAGUAAGGAAGAUUUGUUGACGAAGUUGGUGUUGACAUCGAGAAUCGCCACUUCCAAACGUUGCCUCAGACAACCUGUAAAAUUUAAAUUCGAACAGGAGAAAGGUAAAUUUCGUAGGGAUUUGGAUCUGGAAAGGGCGCAAUUGGAUUCGGGAUCCGUCUCGGACGCCUCCACGAAGAAGGAGAAGUUCGAUGCUAGGAGAAAGUCGUUGAGGAAAACGGAUAAGAAGGACAGGAUUGCGUCGAAAGAUGACAAAGUGUUGGAAGAGGUCAACAGAAUGAGAGACGCGGUGAACGAGGUGAAGACGGCAGUCAGAGGGCGAAGAAGCAGCAGCCUGUCAAACGAGGGUAAAUUAUUAGCCAGUUCCUAUCAAAUGUCCGAUGGCCAAACUAAGUCAGAAUUCGAAACGGCGGUGGUUCAAAGCGCGGACAAGAGACAGACCAGGGGCUCGUUGUUGAACUCCGCCGAGGGAGAAAUUCAAAACGAGCUCGUUCAAGACUUCAGCUCGAAGAAGAACAGUUUUGGAAAAAGACGGGGUAGAAUUAAAUCUAGCAAUCUAGAGAUGACCGAUAAAAAGAGCGUCGAAGUAUCUCAGGCGAAGAAUGUGGAAACUGACAAAAGUAAUUCCUCCGAGAUUAUCGAUAAAGUUAAUUCGGUGGAGCAGGAUGAAAUGAACUCUGACUGUAAAAAAGAUAUUGCGACUGAGGAAAUUAAAAUUGUAAAAAAUAAGGAAGAAGUGAUGAGUGAAAAAGUGUCCAAGUGUGAGAAAGAGCAAUCAAAAGAAUCUAAUUUAUCAGGAAACGGUGAAACGAUCAAGGUAAAUGAGAAUUUAAAUUUACAAUUGGAAACGAGUAAUUCCAUGGACAGUGGCAAGGAGAACGCAUUGGAAAAGCCUGCACCUGUUCAAAAGUUAAAAGUUGGCAGGCCCAGAAAGUCCUGGGGAGCUAAGAAAGAGAGAGUUUCGAAAAGAUCUUUAAAUAACGUAAUUGGCAUUCUUACAGAAGGCAUGAACAUCCCGGUAGAGACUCAACAAAAUGUUUUAAACGUGCAAACGAGUGUGGACAAUGUAGAAUCUCACGAAUCUUUUCAAAGCAACGUUCAACAAUCUGCUAACGACGCCGUUAAGUCGCAAAAUUUAGAUAUUAAGUCCUCCAAAAACACUGUUCAAGAACCAUUAACUAAUUUUGAUCAGUUAAUUGAGAAUACAGAAUCUUCCGUUCCACAGAAAGUUCCCGUAGAAAAUUCGAAGCAGCCCGAAGUUCCAGAAACUUCCAUCAAGGAUUUAAACUUGGUUAAAUCAAUGGAGAAUAAUCAAAAAGUGGAAUCGUUCGCCAAAGAUGCGGCAGAACAGUCUCCAACUAAUGACAUCAUUUUGGAUUUGUCCAGAAGGAAGCAGAAAGGUAAAGGAUCAUUCUUAGAGAAAAUAGUUUCGAAGAUAGCUAAACAGAAAGAUGCUUUACUGGAAGGUGAAGUUGGUUCUCUGUUGGACACAGCUGCUGAUGAGCUCACUAGUAUCUUGGAGGAAGUUGGACCUGUAUUCUCAGAAGGUAUUGAGAAUUCAAGUGAACUGAAAAUUAAAAAUAAAACGGAGAAAGUUCAAGAUAACCGCAACCAAGAAAUUAUGAAAGAAUCGACUAAUGAGAAUUGUCAGGAUAUUUCGACACCUGAUAUUUCUGAUAAGAAUUUGGAAAAUAAGGAUGCUAAUUCUAAAAGUGAACAAGAGAGGAUAAACUUGACCGAGGAGGAUUGUGUUAAAAGAAAGAACAACAUAGAGAUUUGUGACGAUGUAGUGGAAGAUAGAUUUACAAAUAUUUCCAAACAAGAAGUUGCUGAUAAACAGAUUAAAACAAAAUUGCAAAAAGAAAAACUCGACACUAACGAGACUUAUUCGAACGAGAAAAUGAUUUGCCCUAAUGACUUGGAAACUGUCAUUCAUUCUGAUGAAAGCGAAAUUCGAUUAUCCGUUGCCGAAAAUGGUUUAGAUUCUCAAGCGGAAAGUUCCACAGAGAAUUUGUCGAAGCCUGAAGAAGAAUCGAUGAACGAGGUAAACGAAGAGAUAAGGAUAAAAAGAAAGUCGAAAAAGAGGGGAUUAGAUAGGAAAUCGCCAAAGAAGAACAAAAGAAAAUCCAUUGAAUCGGCAAGUAAUCCCGAAGAGAAUUUAAUUUCUGAGAAUUUGCAUUUGACCAAUGAUGUGAUGCAAUCAAUUGAAAAAUCAAAGCAAGUGCCUUCUACCAAAGAAAACGUUAAAAAUGACUUAACUACUGAAAUUAACACAAAUAGAAUAGAAUGUUACACGAAGAAAACUACAAGUAAUAUCAAGUCUGAAACAACGGAUUCGAUGGACAAAAAGGAUCUCGAGGAUAUUGAAAUACUUGAAAAUUUUUGUGAAAAUGAUAAGAAACUCAAUGUUGAUCCCGAAGACAAUUUAGAAGAACACGUAACAACAAAUAAAGAAGACAAAACAGAAGAUUCUGUUGUAACAAAAAAUGAAGAAAAGAUUCCUCUACCCUCGAUAACCGAGGAGAAGAAAUCUCACGUGGAAACGUUAGAUCAUUUCUCGAAAAUCGAAUUGUCAGCCAGAAGAUCUUCCAAGAAAUCUCAUCAGGAGGAAAAAAUAAAUGAAUUUAUCGAAGAGAGAACAGAAUCAGAAUCGAUUGACCCUCCCGUAGAGGAAAUAGCGUCCGAGAAUGUCAGAGGAUCGAAAAGAAGGUCUUUUAGAACAAAAUCUACGAUUCAAUCGCGAAACGAAGAGAGAAGUGAGCGGGAAACUGAUACCGAUCCUGUCCUAACUGUUAGCAACAUUGUACCGACAGAAAAUCCUGAAGUGCCUUCGGAAGAGCCGUCUGAAAAUUUUGAGAUUACGAGAAACGAGGUUCCAAAUAUCCAAACAACGUUCGUAAGUACCCUAGAAGAAGAAGAACCGACAAUAACUCAUGAUAAUUGUAACAACUCGGAGAAAGACGCGAGGACGGACAAAGAAGAUAUCGUGGAAAGUCAAAUUGCGUCGAUUGGCGUGAAAGAACCGGAGGAAAGGGUCGAGGUUCCAGUUGUGAAAGUGCCAAAAAAGCGUGGAAGGAAAAAGAAAUGUUUGAUGACAAUUGACAAGUCGCAAGAAAAUCCCGAUUCGAACAGGCGGAAGGGAGAAUUUGAAUCGAUAAAUCAACUUCCCCCUAGGAGAUCUUUGAGAACGAACAGGUUCGUCGAGGAGGCCGAGGAUCAGAACAAAAAUUCCAACGAUCUACACGUUUCCAGACCGGGUUUGGAAACGUUCAAAAUUCCAGAGGUGACAGAAGUGUUGCAACACACGAAGAAGAGAACGUAUAAAAGAAAAUCCACCGCUGACGAGAGUCCGGAUAAUCAAAAUAAUUCUAUUCCGACGGUGGAGACGGUACAAGUUGAGACAAGUGGCGCGGAAUGCCCGGAGGUAAGUAAAACGGGUACGGUGGAGGAACAGUCAGAAGCGUCUGAUCAGAAAGAUCCUUCGCCCGAAGAUAGAAAGCUGCACUCGAAAAGCUCGGUUUCGGAACAAUCCGAUUUAGAAAAAUCGAACUCGGCUGGAUCCGAUCAAACAAGUAAAACGAGAUCGUCGAAGAGGAAACAAUUAUCCUCGGAGGACUUGUUGGGUCAAGAGGGGUUGAAUCAGCAAGCCGAAAGCACGGAUAAUUUGUCAGAGGCAUCUUGCACCAGUGAUUUCAGUUAUUUCAGAAAGAAACGUUUCUCGAAGAAAAAGAAGGAAUUGCGGGAGGAAGAUGUGCAGACCGACACCUCUAUCACGGACUCGGAAUCGGAGAAGAAUACGGACAGAAGGCAGAGCUUGAAGAGGAGAGCUAAGAAGAAUAUAUCCUUUUUCACCGAAUUUUACUUGAUGGACGAUUUCGACAUUCCAAUGGAUAUUCAGGAUUGCAUAACGCAAGAGGAAGACGCAGCGAAGAAGAAGAACGCCGAUCAACAAUUGUUAGAAUCUAAGUCAUCGUCGCCCGCGGGGAAUAAAUCAUCAGUGGAGGAGGUAACUUCGAACGAAAACGUGGAUGAAAAAUCGGAGGACGAAGUUGGGAAAGAAGAUGUAGAGUUGAUCGAUGAUUCCAAGUUGGUCGUAGAGGAUGAAGAAGAUGAAGAGGACGAAGAGGAGGAGAUAAAGGAUGAGGAGAAAAUGGACGAGAAGUUGAGUAGCAUUUGUCAGAUGGAAGAUGAUUUCCAGACACCAAAGAAAAGAGGGGCGGGUAACUACGUGGUAGUCCACAAGAAGACAGGUGAAAUUCUGAUCGUGGAGAAAAGGAAGAAAUUAACAAAGGAGGCCGCCAAGUUCUUUUGUAAUGUUUGCACCACUAGUUUCACCAGGAAAAGUUCUCUCAAGAAGCAUAACCAGUCUCAAUCGCAUUUAUUGCAAACAUCUAAAUCGAAAAAAGAUAAAACAUCCGUGGAGAAUGGUGAAAAUAUAGAAGAUCCGUGUAGCACUAGUCAGAACGACACUUCCAGCGAUGAAAAUAGAAGCGUGACCGAUGAGUGUUUGAUAAAUGUCUCUUUAAAGUCGAAGGAUGACCAAAAAGAAGUUGAUAAAUCUAUCAUUAACCGAAUGGAACUGGAUCAUGCCCAAGAAAAUUCUUGCUUCGCCAAUCCUUUGGAACAGGAUUCCUUGAUAUGUUCUCAACCGCAUCAUCAACACAUACUUGAAGACGAACUUUUGGACGAGGAAAUCUGUAAGAUUACUGAGAACAUGAGUCACGAUGAGUACGUUAUCAUGGAUCAAAUCAGUCCUGAACCAGAAUCCACGUCGACGCCAAUUAAGAUAGAAACCAAGAAUGUGGAGGAGAUUGGGAAGAAGAGGAAGUACGAAAAGAAGAAGGACAAGGCGAAGAAAAGGAAUUCAAUCGAUGGACAAGAAAUCAUUUUAGAUAGUCCCAUUUUAGGAAAUCCUACGGAUUCAACGUUAGCGUGCGUGCUAGAUGCAACAAACGCCAAAAUUGUAAAUUCUUCCCAUUUUGACGCGGCAGAAUCUAACGCGAGCGUAUUGGAAAAUUCACUUAACAAUUCCGUUGUGAACAAUAUGGAAUUAGGAGCCAACGUUUCAAGGAACAUGGAAAAGAACGAUUUUCAAGAACAGUGUUUAGAUUGUGUUCCAAAAUUGCAAGAGAGCCAGGAUGAAGUAGAAAUGGAGGAUGCACCGUUGAGCGCAGAAGUGAAUAAAAUGGCGAGCGAUGUAUAUACGAAUAUAAAUUAUAAAUUAGACCCCAACGAUAAGACUGAGAAUUUUUCAAAUGUUAGGUUAGACGAUAGAGAUGAUACCGAAAAAAAUCAGCCGUGCGAGCGUGUAAGUUUAAAAUUGACCAUAAAUAAACGAAGUAUAGAAGCUUGUAGGGAUAUCGAUUCUGAAAGUAGCAAGAGUUUCGAAUUAAAUUAUUUGAAUACGUUUAAUACCGAUCUCGACGACGUUGUUAAUUGCAAUUCAAUGAAAAAUUACGAAAAUUCGCGCAGCGCGGAAGUUGAACCCAUCGACGAAUCUGAUAAUUCUAAGACCGAAGUUGGUGAAUUUAAUCAAGAGUCGAGCGCUAAAAAUUUGAAGAAAGGCGGUGGAAAGAAUUUGGAAAAUUCUGAAUUGGACGUUUCCAAAGGUUUCGAGGAAGGAAGUGUAACAAGGAAUCAUGAAUCGUCCAUAAGAGACGAUAAGCAGAACGAACCCGAGAAAACGGCGCGACACGGAAAAUCGAAGAAAGGGAGACCCAGGAAACACGCGCAAGAGAAUUGCACGGAGAAUGGGUCGAAAAUGGAGUCUAAAUCUGCCAAAUCUAAAAUUAAUCAAACUAAGUCGUUGUUCGAUGAUAUCGUCAAAAUUUCACAAAUCACGAAUGACAAAAACUCGGCCGAAUCUUCGAAAACUUUUGACACCGACGAAAGGUUAAACUGUUCGAUAUCUUCCAAAUCACGAGUGGAAAACAAUUGCCUUGAUAUAUUGAAGAAUGACGACAAACACGAAUCUGAUAGAUCAGAAAUUGCAGAGGGGGCGAAAAUCAGGAAUCAAUUGUGCUCUAAGCCUGAAUCAUUGGGAGAAGAAACGAGUUUGCAACAGCAACAGGGGAUAACGGAGGAGGAAAAACUUUCUGAGAAGAAGAGGAAGAAGAUCGAGUCGUUAGAGGACAAUCGAGUUAAAUCUUUUCGUCCCAUGGACGAUGAUGAUGAAGCCUCGUCUUCGUCCAGUCUCGCGGAUAAACCGUUGUCGCAAGUCUUGUUAGAAAGGGAAGAGAAAUUAGAAAUGUACAAGAAACGGAUGAACGAACAGGAUAAAUCUCUCCGCAAUAUUGAUCGUAAAGCAAACGAAUGCGACAUCGAUGAUAAUUCUUUGGAUAUCGGCCAGUUAAAUGACGAUCGAAAGCGUGACGGUAAAAAGAGGUCGUCGACGAAUAACGACCAAGGAUUCCAGAUCGUGUCGGACGAGGAAUACGAGCCUGGAACAACGUUGAAAGAUUCUGAUAAGGAUUCGAAAAGUUCGUCAGAAUCGGAAAACGAGAGAAUUUCGUCGAUGGAAAACGACGAUAAAGAACUUUACGAGGGGAAAGUGAUGAGUAACGGUCGGAAAUCGAGCAUCGAUCAUCAAAAUUCGAGCAAAAAGGUGUCCAGGGAUCACAAACAUUCGAACAAGGAGAAUCGUAAAAGAUCCAGAGGGAGGAGAUCUUCCGCAAGGAGUAAAAUCAAUGAUCUUAACAGCGAAAGUGACGACAGCGAGGUUGAGGAUAAAAUCGAAUCGCAGAACAAAAGCAAAAUAGUGAAAAGCGUGUUUGGCAGGGUGUUUGGAAGCGGUGAAAAGCCAGACAAAGUGAAGGAAGUGUUGAAUGAUUGGGUGUCCAAGUCGGAAGAUGAUUCGGAUCUCUCAAGGACCGGUUUUAGAUUCUCCGCUUCUAACGAAGCCAAGACCAAAGAGUCCUCCAGCGAGAAAAAAAGGCACACAUCGUUUACCCCUUCUAGUCCCAACAAGCGUUCUGGAAGAAAGUCGAAAAAAAGUUCUUCCUCGGCAGAAAGAAGCAAAGAGACAAGUCUGAUAUUAGAAGAAGAGGAGGAGGAAGAGGAGGAGGAGGAGGAGGAGGAGGAGGAGGAUGAAGAAGAAGAAGAAAGUCAAAUGGAGCAUCGUUCUUCCAGAAAACAUUCAAAAUCGAAAAACAACUCAAGUAACAGGAGGAAGCACGAUGUAGAUUACUUCUUGUCUUUACCAUCUACCAAAUGCAGACAAAGUAAGAAGAGGGCUGAAGAAUUAAUUUCAAGGACUUUCGAGGACGAUUAUCUGGACGCCAAUUUGAUUGGCAAAAGUCAAAAAUCGUUGAAAUACAAGGAACCAAAUUAUGGUUUGAGGAAUCAAGGCAAGCCUGACCUGAUGAUCAAGGACAGUGGCUACGGAUCCUUCAACUAUGACGAGGAUUCCUCCAAAAUCGUUGCUUUGGAAGAGUAGGAAGAUGAUCAGAAGGCCAAAAGAAGGAAAUUAUCAUGUUCCAGGAAGGGUAAAGGCAAGGGUGAAGAAGAAGGUUGGAGAGAUCUGACGAAUGAUAGGAGAACUUCGGAGAAUCCCAAGGAUUUAGACGAAGACAAGGAAGACAAUUUCGUCAAGGAUUUCCCCGGAGCAGAACCUCUGACUGGAGGUAGGCUAUCAGUUGACCUAGAUUCUUCUCGUAGUUGUAGCAGUCUGGCGCCCAGUAGCGUGAGGAAUAGAUCCCCGAGUAUGGACAGAAACUCUCAAACCACUAGAAACUCUGAUAUGAACGAUGAAGAAGAUGAGAAUAUCGCUCACAGACGAAUAUCUCCUUUCUUCGUCUGUGGGACGCCCAGAAGUUCCGUGGAGAGUAGCUCCAACAGUGAGAACGAAGAACAAGAUGAGGCAUUAAUCGUUAACCAACCUAUGACUAGAAAGAGAAGCUCAAGCGAGUUUUCUAGCGAGAAGAUUGUGAUCAGAUCGCCCUCUUCGAUCCACAAGAGCGAGGUCGUCACUAUAGCACCCACCGACGCCAUAGAAGACAACGCUUUAGAUGUCCCUCAGGAGAUAGAGGUGACGAAACCUAGACAGGGCAAGGUAUUGAAUUUUGACGAGGAACUGUUUGUCGAGUGUUGCUCCAGAUUGAAAGCCACCACUGAAAACGAGCUCAGAGGCGCUAAAAAGAUCAAGCUUGAUCAUAACGAAGGUUAUCAUAAGAAGGAUGAUCAACACCAAGGAUUCAGAGGGCCUAAGGAUCGUUGGAGGGAUGUGGAGAGCCAGAACAGUUUGGGAAGUCUAUUGGAAUCGGUAAAUCAGUUACUGGGCGAAGAGAUGUACAGCACCAGAGAAAGGGAUUACCAAAAGCAUGGAGGUAGAAAUCUAAGGAGUGAGCACUCCAGCAGAUCAGCCAGUCCUGACAUGGCCAGAGCAGAUAAUCUGGGCUACGAAGACAGUCUGGACGUUGCAUUCGAGCACAACAACAAGCUCAGAGACAAAAUUCAACAGCGCAUGAGAGAGAGCGAGAAUCUGAUAGCCAGCACGUUUGGCCAGAAGAGCAAUAACGAGUUGAUGCGGGGUGAACGAACGUUUUCUUCUAAGAAGAAUGAAUUGAAUAUCACGAAAAAUUCGUACUCUAGUCUUCAAGAUCAAGGGCACAUGACUGGUUCGAAUCUGUCGGAUGGAGACUACAAUCCUUUGCACAACAGAGACCCGCAAGAGGAGAACAACGAUAGAAAAAUAAAUCUGGAAUCUUCAGGCCUUAAGGGUAAAAUGAACCCUUCGUUAGGAGGUUUAUUGGACAAAGCGUUAUCUAACUUAUGGCACAGCAAUGAAAAACAUGAUCACAAUGGAUCCACGCCAAUGAAGGUUCUAGCCGAACUAGCAUGUGCCCGCGCUCCAACAUCCACAGCUGAGGACCCAGCUUCCAAAGAAGUGGUCCAACCUACGAAGACUUCUUUGACCAAGGAUUCAGUUCCUGAACCAAGUCCUAUAACUAUGUCCAAAGACUUACAGAAGAAAUCUAGGAAUCCUAUCAAAGAACUUUUCGAAAGAAAAAAAGAAAUGAACGAGAGGAAACAACAAGAGAAGUCAAAAACAGAUGCAGCUCUUCGAGAAAUAAAUAUACACAAACAACGCAAAACCAAAAAGACAAAAUAUCAGGAUUUUCCUUUGAUCCGCCGUAAUGAACAUGGAGGUCUGGUUGAAAGGAAGAAACGUCGUGAUGGAUUUGAGAGGAAAGAAGAAUUUGUCUCGGAUAAGAUCAAAGAUAUUUAUGAAUUUGACGAGGAGGAAAGUCAAAUAGAAACUAAUCUGGGUAGUGUCAUGUCUUAUAGGAGUAAGCCAGGAUAUGAAAUAAAUUGUUUGAAAACCAAAGAGAUAGAUAUGAGUGGUUUAAUGUCCAAGGCUAUCGGAGAUAAUCUAGAAAAUGCAAAAACUGAUGAUGUUUUAAAUGACAGAUUAGAAUCUGUGAUUGAUAAAAAGUUCAAGAAAUUGGAAAAGUUUGCUCCAAAAACGAAGGGCGCUUUGAAAUCCUUCCAGAGUGAGGAUCAGCAACAACAGAUUACUGGACCUAUGGAUGAAUUUGUGGAAAGGAAGCAAUCAAAAGGUAAAAGGUCCGUAGAGCAAUCUCUGAAGCAUUCGAAAUUGAAGAAACGUAACAAGAAUUCUAAGAAAAAGACUAGAAAUGCAUGGUACGAAAAUGAUAGCUCCGAUGAAUAUAGAACGGCUAUAAAAGCUGAAGAUAUCGGUGUAGGUAUUUCAAAGAGUCAAAGAACAUGUUCGAAAGGAAAACAAAAUAUUUUUGCGGAAUUAUACACUUCGUCCGAAAGUGAAUUUGAAGACGAAGAAACGGACUAUGAAUCGAGAAAACAGAGAAGAGUGAAAAAGAGCAAUAAGAAAAUAACUGAAUUAGAAAACGUAGAACAGGCUCAGGAAUCGAUUAAUAAAUAUCAAAUCUCUUCCGAAGAUGAAGAUCAUGUGGAUGAUUGGAGAGAUGAAAAUUCGAAGAAUGAUAUCUCUAAGCAUGAUUGUGAUAACAAAAAAUCUGAGUCAGAAAUGUCAGAUCAUCCUUUGGUUAUCGACGAGAGGAAAGAUAUGGAUGAACAAAGGAAUAGCGAUGAUGAAACUGAAAACCAAUACGAGAGGAACUUCGAAAUGGAUGAUCUAUAUAGAGAAGACAGUUCAGUUGUCGAUUCAGAAGAGGAUUCAGCUCCUACAGAGUUAUCAAAAGAUCCAGAAGAAUUCAGAUCAAAUGAUCCAAAUCUACCAGAAGAAAAUAGUGAUACUAAGAAAGAUUAUAUACAGGAAAAUGAAUUGAUUCCACUUGAGGAAGCCUUAGAUCUUCUAGAUCAAGCUGACAACGGAAAUUCUGUAGGAACAAAAUAUGAUAAUGUAAACAAAAUUGAUAAGUCUACUGAACAUGUGAACUCAAUAGUAACAACAGAACCUGAAAGUGAAACAUUUAAUCCUAAUAAAGAAGUAGCAAAGUCUCCUGUUCCUAUAGAUGUACAGGAGGAGGAACCUGACAAUGAACUCCUAGUCUUACCUGAAAAAUUAUCGAGCAAUGAAAAACCGCAAAAGGAAUCUGAAAAUCUUCCAUUACAUGUAUUUUUAAGUAGAAAAGUGCAAGAAUCAAAGAAGAGAAAAGAACAGCAACUAAAGAAAAUGCAAGAAGAGCAAGAAAGGAUAUUAAUGGAUUUUCAGCCUACUAGAAGGCAGAGAAAAUGUGCUAUUGGCAAACAAGGAUUGCUGGCAGAAAUUAGUAGCUCUGAUGAAGAGAUGAGUUCAAAAGAUAAAAAAAUGAAUGAUAAAUCAGAUCAUGAUAAACCACGAAAACAGAAGAGAGAAUCGAAGGAAAAAAGGAAAGAAAGAUACAUAGAAAAAAAACAUGAACAAAUGAUAGCUAAGGAACAAAAAGCUAUCGAGGAAGAAAUCCUGCGAGAAGUUGGAAAGAAAAAAGAAUCUCUUGCACAAAGUGUUGCAGAUACAAAGACAGAUAUUAAUGGUACCAAGGAGUCAGAGAAUACGGAAUCAACGGAAAACAUACCAGUACAAGAAUUAACACAAAAGAAAAAAGCUAAGGAAAAACAAAAAAAGCAAAAUAAGACAGACGAAGAUUUUUAUGUUAAGAGUAAUGAAGGAUUGAGCGACUUAGAGAACAACUGUAACAAGUUCACGCCCAUGGAGAGCAAUCACGAGAAUGAAAAUAAUCAGCAAGUUUCUGUAAAACAAAAAAAGCACUCUAAAUCUUUAACAAAGCCAAAAAAGACUACGAAAUUAGAUCAAAAAGUGACAACAGGUAAAAAGAACAAGAACACGAAUUCUGAAAGAAGGAACAGGACAGAUUCGAAAGGGUCAAAGGAUAAGGAACGUAGGUCUUCUAGUGGCAAACGAGAUUCUGGUGAUGAAGAACUGAAAACGACAAAAUCUUGGAAUAAGGUCGAAGAAGGAGUUGGAGUGGCUAUUGGCCGACGGAAACGAGCAGCUGCCAAUCAAUUAUAUUAUUGGUCGAGCUCCAGUGACGAAGAGGAAAUGCUCGAAGUAGUCCCUGCAGUUGAAGAAGAAGAGGACGAUCGUCAAGAGCAACACGGUUGGAUCGUUGGUGAUUCUCAUAAAAGGAUGAUUACGAUGCUUGCUAUGGAAAAGCAGCUGAAGGAGAAACGACGGAGAAGCGAGGAAGAAUUUGAGUCUGGCAGAACGAAAAGUAAAAAGCACAGAAACAGCACCUCUUGAUACGUGUUUCACGAUUAGAUUCGUCUUAAAUUAUUAGAAUCAAACUUGAAUAAUAGGCACAACUUUUGUGGCUAGAUUUCUUUGACUGGAAAUAUGAAGGAAUAUAGAGUUCCUUUUUCAAUGUCAGGCUCAAAAUUUGAAAUGACAGCAUAAGAACUGCGAUUCUUGAUACAUAUUUUAUAAAUAGGAUCAUCUGAAGGAUUAGAACAAGUGAUUGAAUACAAAUUUGUUAUAUCAGACAUAACAGAAUUAGAUCAACUGUAAUUUUUAAAGAAGAAGAAAGAGAUAUAGAUAUAGAAAAGAAGAACAAAAAGAAAGAAGAAACAUAUAAGCAGCAACUUUUGAUACACAUUUCAGGACUUAGGUUUUUCCAUUUAGAAACACUCUAAAGAAUCACACCAUUCUUUUUUCUAAAGACAGAACUGGAUUUCUAAUAACAUACAAAAUUACAGUCGAAAAAAAAGGACUUUUCUAAGGAGAAAUAGUAUAACUGGAUUUUUUGAUACUAGUCUUAGUCACGAAGAUGAACAAAAAUGGUUAGGUUUAUUAAGGUAGCUAAAGGAACGUGUUAGAUAAUAAUGAAAAUCUAAGCCAGCAAUUUUUUUUUCAUUACAAAGAUAAUGAACCGAAAGAAGAAAUCUGUAAUUAGAUCACAAAAAAAUAUAAAAAUUUAUUAAAUAAAAGUAUAAAAAUCGAAACAAUUAGGGCAAAACAGUAUAGCGUAGAAAAAUUAUAAUAGUUAUUUGUAUUUUUCUUCCUGUUUUUUUGUGAAUAUACAAAAUUACGCGAUUGUUAUUGAAAUUUCUUAAGAGUUAUAUUUUUCUCUCUUUUUUUUUUUUCUUUUCUUGAAUUUUCUUUAAUUUUAUAGUUGGCGAUCUUAGUUUGUAGAACGCAGCGCUGCAAAUAUUUAUAAUCAACGCUUAUUUGUUCCAUCAAAUACGGUGGAAGUAAUGUGAUCUACUGCCAGAAGAAAUUCCGAUUUCCUUCGAUCAUAUAUAAUUGUUAACAAACAAGCGAAAACGUGAAUCGAGAUGUGUGUCGAGUUUUAGAAUGGUAUAGGUCACGUUGUAACCAAGUUAUGUAAGAAAAAAAACAAUGGCAACUUGUACAUAGCUUGGCAUUAAUAAUAAUAAUUAAAAAAAAAAAGGCUAGUUCGUAUUAUAUUAAGGAUAUAAUUCCAAGCCCUUAUAAAUAAUAUAAAUAUAACCUAAUUUAGACUGAAUGUAAGAAAAUAGCGGACAUUAAAGAAAAUAAUAAAACGAAAAAAAAAAAAAGGAAUGAGCACCUUUAGACAAUACUAGGGACAUUUGUAAUGUUUUAGUUAACAUAGCGAAUUUUUAGGUGACGAAAAAAGAAUUAAUAGUUAAUUAGAAGAAAAAAAGAAAAAAUCGAAGAACGGAAGAAAAACGUCACAAUUGAUUUAAUUUAUGAAAAAGGACGAUAUAAACUGGGGUCCAAUCGAGUAGCGUGCUUUUGCCAGCUUUUUGUGAUUCGUACAUAUCGCGAUAAUCGAUAAAAAGAAGAAACUAUCAAGCUGUUUUUUGUGAUGCGGCAAAUCUUUUUUCAAAAUAAUUCUCGAAAAAGAGAUUCAUUUGGAAGGCGUUGCUUUAACGCAGUAGUCAUUGAAAUAUAUGAAAUUUAUGUUCUCUUUAUCUCAUUCGAUUCAUUCGAAUCUUUUUCCCCCUAGAUCUCAUAUCGCGUCAUCAACAAUCCAAUGAUGAUUGCCACAUAUUUAAGGAUAAAGCUUAUAACGAUAAAGGAAUGAUAGAAACUUUCCUUUCGUAUGCCUAGUUGAUGCACAUAAUUCUAAGUACGUAGAUUUUUGUAUGAGUAUAUAUAUAUAUUAUAUAUAUAUAAUAUAUAUAAAUAUUCAGGACAAAAAAUUAAUAUAUAUAUAUAUAAAUAUGAACAUAAAUAUGAAAAGAUAAUUAAAUGUAUAACAGAAAUGAUUAAAAGGAAAAAAAUAAUGAUAUAGAGUUUAAUGUAAAUGUACUGCCAUAAUCAUAUUAUCAUACAAGAGCCUAUGCGAAUAGAUAUAUUAAUAUUAUUCCUGUAAAGACGAAGAACCUGAGAAACAACAGCGACAACAUGAUGGUUAGCACAAAACAAAACUAGGCAACAAUCCGAUUGUAAAUAGAACAUAUUUUCAAUGUGUCUGGAAAAGUAUGUUUUGUAAUAUAAGGAUUGCAAAGGAAAAAUAAAAUUAUUAAAGAAUUA